AUGGCAUCGGCAGCACACAGUCAAGGCUCCACGCCGCAGGCAGGAGCUUCAUUAGCGCUUCAGUCGAUCACUAACGCACACACUACAACGGCACAGGCGCCUGGAGGGUCACAGAAGAGUGUGACGAGCGUAAACUCUACACCUCCAAUGGACAAGAAGGGCUAUCCUGAGUUGUCGAGAUUUAUGGCACUGGACGAUGGAAUGUUGCAGUUCAAGCGAUUUGCGGCGCUGAAUGCCCAUAGCCUGUUGAUGCAGCAAGCAGAGCUUCUAGUCCUCGAGCAGAAUCUCGGAGCCCGCGGCACGGCGGACAGACAAUAUGGUCAUCACACUGAGGUUGAGAAGCUCAUGGAACCCAUCGCCGCAGCCUCGAAUGUCAGCUCAACCCCGAAUGUCAACGCAACCUCGAAUGUCAAAACAUACAAUCAGCAGUGGGAGCUUGUCCUAGAGAUCAGAUCGCGCUUGAAAGACUAUAAUGAGGCACUCUUGCGCCAAAGUGAGUUGUGCAAACUCCCGCAGCCCCGGAGGUACGACAUGGAACAGCUUCGAGAGUGGCUAGCCCGGAAGAAAGGCGGCGACAACUUUCUCGUUAGCGUUGAAGAGCUGCCCUGGCUUGCGGAUGAGUCGAAAGACCUCCUAGCAGUCACCAGGGAGCCAUUUGAUGCUUUCACAGGCUGGGUUGCAGAGUCAGUUAUUCCAUGGCUCACGAAAGGACGUCAGAAGGUGCCUUUGAUCAAGAAGUCCCCCAUAGUCGGACAAGAAGAACUUGGACUCCUCGACCAUCCCGAUCGAAAAUACCGAAGAGCUUCGCGAGUGGUCGUCGUCUUCUUCUCGGCCCUCACGCCUUCAUUGGCCAUCCUCAUUCUGUAUUACAUUCGAAAUAUGCUUGCUAGAAUUUUGACAGCUAUGGGGCUCUCCAUUGUAUUCGCUGCCAGUCUGGCAUCAUCAACCGAAGUGAGACCAGCAGAUGUCUUUGGAGCGACCGCGGCAUUCGCGGCAGUGCAAGUGGUGUUCAUUGGGAGCAAUAACAUCACUAAUACUUGA